UUCUGUUCCUCUUUUCUUGUUCUGUUCUUCCAUCAUAAUAAUAAAACAUAUAGUAAUGUAAUAUCCUCACCAUAUUCACCACCCAUCACCUCAGCUCAAUUCCAAAAACCAAUCCAUUUUUCUCAAUACCAAUUAAGAUUUCGCAAGGGGAAAACAUGGCCAAAGAUUUAUGUGAUAACGCCAUUGAAGGAUUGAAAAAGGUUCUAAGUGAGAAAAGCGACCUUGAAACUGUUGUUGCCGCUUCAACUGCCGCGAAGAUCAAGCAGCUAACAGCAGAAUUGGAAGCGGCCUCUGUCAAGGAGGUGAACCCGGUCGAGAGGAUCAAGAACGGGUUUGAUCAAUUUAGGACCCAUAAAUAUGAAAAGAACCCGGGUCUAUAUGAAGAGCUAUCGAAAGGCCAAAGCCCCAAGUUCAUGGUGUUUGCCUGCUCGGAUUCGCGGGUAUGUCCGUCACACAUACUAGAUUUUCAGCCAGGAGAGGCCUUUAUGGUCCGAAACAUCGCUAGCAUGGUCCCUCCAUAUGACAAGAAAAAGUAUUCCGGGGUGGGGGCAGCUAUUGAAUAUGCGGUGCUACAUCUGAAGGUGGAAAACAUUUUAGUAAUUGGACACAGCUGCUGCGGUGGUAUCAAAGGACUUAUGUCUAUCCCAGACAAUGGAACCACUUCUUCUGACUUCAUUGAAGAUUGGGUAAAAAUAUGUUCGGUUGCCAAAAGCAAGGUAAAAGCAGAAUUCGGCAAUUUGGAGUUUACAGAACAAUGCACCAAGUGUGAGAAGGAGGCUGUGAACGUAUCUUUGGGAAAUCUAUUGACUUACCCUUUUGUUAAGGAGGCAGUGACGAAAAAAUUACUUUCACUAAAGGGAGGAUACUAUAAUUUUCUCAAGGGUACCUUUGAUCUUUGGAGUCUUGAUUAUGGUAUUUCACCUGCAGUUACCGUAUAAAUUAUUUUUAUAUUUUUCUUUAUAUAGUGAUAUAGUAUAUUUUACAUAUUUACAAUAACUUGUAUUCCUCUAAGACGAUUAUAGACAAGAGGGCUUGAAUCCACGACCCCUAAAGUAUUAACGUAUAAGGGGCGAUGUAGAAAGUUACAUGAUUAAUGGUUUGAAUAAUAACCUGAAUCAAGAGAAAGAUAAAAAUGUCUUUCCUUGCCUUGUAUCAAUUAUAUAUAUCAUUUUGUCUAUUUCGAUCA